GAGGGAUCGGGGGCAGGAGUGGGAUCCCACGUUGAAUCUUUUUAAAGUGCAUGAGGGGAGGGAGAGAGAGAGAGAAGGCGAGGGGGCACGUUUGCUGGUGCUGCUGGGCUGGGAACUCCGCUUAAGCACGUGGCAGGCUUUUGCAGAGAGAGGAGCCCGCAAAGAGUCGACUUGACCCUGCACCGCCUUGCUAGAAAGUUGAAGUUUCUGCUGCUUCGGUUCUUUGCAGUGCCCCGACGUUGCCGCGCUCCCCCCCCCCCAACCUCCUGCACGACAGAUCGCCCUUUGCCCGGUGCACACAAUGGGCUCUGAAGCCCCUCUCCGCUACCUCGCGGCGGGGCUGCUGCUGACGCUUUGCACCCGGGGGUCCUUGGGCGUCCCCACUUUCAGGAAGGAGAGGGGAGUUCAUCCGGAGCCCGAGCUCAGCGAUCGGCAGCACGAAGACAACCAGAGCUUCCAGUACGACCACGAGGCCUUCCUGGGCAAAGAAGAAGCCAAAACUUUCGACCAGCUCACCCCAGAGGAGAGCAAAGAAAGGCUGGGGAAAAUUGUUAAUCGAAUUGAUGAUAACAAAGAUGGCUUCGUCACCACAGAGGAACUGAAAAACUGGAUUAAGCGAGUGCAGAAACGCUACAUCUUCGAAAACGUGGCAAAAGUCUGGAAGGAUUAUGACCUCAACAAAGACAACAAAAUUUCUUGGGAAGAAUACAAGCAAGCCACAUAUGGCUAUUACCUCGAAAACCCAGCUGAGUUUGAAGAUGCAACAGAGCAGCACAAUUUCAAAAAAAUGAUGCCCAGGGAUGAAAGAAGAUUCAAAAGAGCUGACCUGGAUGGUGAUUCCGAAGUCACUCGUGAGGAGUUCACAGCUUUCCUUCACCCAGAGGAAUUUGAGCAUAUGAAAGACAUUGUUGUUCUAGAAACCCUGGAGGACAUAGACAAAAAUGAGGAUGGAUUUGUGGAUCAAGAUGAAUACAUUGCUGAUAUGUUUGCGCAUGAAGAUGGUGGUCCAGAACCUGACUGGGUAAUAACUGAACGGGAGCAGUUUGCAGAUUUUCGGGAUCUCAACAAGGAUGGGAAGAUGGAUAAAGAGGAGAUACGACACUGGAUUCUCCCACAAGACUAUGAUCAUGCACAAGCCGAAGCCAGACACUUAGUAUAUGAGUCGGAUGUCGACAAGGACCACAUGUUAACCAAAGAAGAGAUUCUGGACAACUGGAAUAUGUUUGUUGGAAGCCAAGCAACAAAUUAUGGAGAAGACCUCACAAAAAACCAUGAUGAGCUAUGAUGUUUUUUGAAAAGCAAAUACACUAGAGACUUGGGUCAUGUUUUCCUGUAUAUAACCAAAGUAAUAGUGGCUAUUUUAGCAGAUUAUAUUUUUAAUAAGGCUAUUUUUAGCAUUGUUGAAUAUACAAUAGGUUUACCACUUUUUUAAUUGCACAUUUUUAUUAUACAUUUCAGUAUAAUUUUGAGGAUGCACUUUUCAGUCAUAGCUUUUGAUACACUUUCACCUCAGCCAUAAAUACUCAGACCUGGAAUUCUCACUGACAUUGGUGAGACUUAGCUUGUAAAAUGUAGUAUGGAAGAUGAGUAGCCUCAUAGGAUACCCUUGUAUGUUGUUGACCCACAGUGUAUCACACUGCAGGUGUGUGUGUGGCAGGUUGCUAAUGGUUCAGUGCUCCCUCAUAACACAUUCAAAAAUGUCAGGCUGCAAUUCUGUACACGUCUAGCUGGGAGUAACUCCUGUUAAACUCGGUGGGACUUCUGAGUAGGCGCAUGCAGGAUUGCACAAUAGGUAGGAUAGUCUUCCUGACAUGCUGGUUUCCUUUGAUAGAGGAGACUUUUUCAUAAGGACAGAAGAAGAACUGUACUGAAUCAGGCCAUCUGUUCCAGCAUCCUGUUCUUGCAGAGGCUAACCAGAUGCCUAUGGGAAGCCUUGAUGCAGGACCCAAAUGCAACAGCGCUUUCCUCCCUUGGGAUUUCCAUGUGUACAGAGUUUGGGCUUCCCAUCCACUUCCAUGGCAGUGGUGGCUUUCACAUUCCCUUGCAGAUGGAGAAGCCCUGGGUGGAGGGAACUAUAUGAAUGGUUGGAAGCUCCUGCCUUGGCUUCGUCCUAAAUUACAACCAAUAAAUCUCAUUGGCAUUUGAAAGACAGCAUUGCCACACGGUGUGAUGUUUCUGUUCAAACGGCAGAGCUGCUGCUUUCUACACUUUCCCUGUUGUUUGGUAGAGCAAUCCACUUCAUAUUUAUGAAGUGGGUUUUUGCCAAAUAUUAUGGGUGGAUAGCAGUCGUUUCACAGUGGAAAUGAAGACACACCGCAUUUCCAAACUGGGCCUUUUGUGAGCAUUCAAGAGCCUUUGAACUUUGUAUUGAAUUUCCAGAGAGGCUAUACAGCAGUUUGUUGUUCUGAGUUUGUUGUAUGUGUGUAUAUACAUAUGCAUUGCCACUUUAAGGAGGUUUUAUGCUAUCAGCUAAUAAAAGCUUUUAAUUUAGGGGCUUAGAGAGGAGCUGUAUUUCAGAAUGCAUAUGAGCUGUUGCAUAUGAUACAAUUGCAUUUUUGCCUGUAUUGACUUGAAGAUACAAACGAUAAAAAAUAUUACAUCUUUUGGAUAA